AUGUCAAUACACGAUCAAUAUCAGCUUGAUUCUUAUGACAAUGAUAUUAUAGCUUUGUCAAAUGAAUCAAAUGUCUUACCUGAACAAUCCACAUCACAAAAUAAUGGUGUUACUGUUAUUACUAAUAGUCUGGGUAAAAGAAUUCAAAAAAAAAAGCUUUUAUGCGCAACAAAAAAUCGAGACCUAGUAAAAGUUGGUCAAGAAUAUGAGUUAUCAACUAGAACAGGAAACUUAAAAUCUCAUUUACGCCAAGUUCAUAGAAUUUUGCCCCCUGAAACAAAUAAUAAAAAUAACCAAUUGGUUAAUAUAGCUUCAAAUCAAUCAUCAUUGCAUGACUUUUUAAAUAAAAAAACACCCUUACCAUCUUCAAAACGUGAUAAAAUUACAAAUCGUAUUUUAGCUUGGGUUGUAGACGAUCUUCAAUCAUUUUAUGCUACCACUAAUAGUUGCUUUCGAGAUAUGAUUCUUGAAUGCGAACCAAGAUUUAUGUUUCU